GCAAUAUAAAACUAGCAUUUCACUCCCAACCGGUCACUAGAGCACUCGCGUUCUCAAUUUAAAAUUAUAUAUUUUUAAAUUGUGUUCCGUUCCAAAUUCUAAAUUGUUUUUUUUUUUCAAAAUGUUUCGGAUACUGAGAUGUGCGUUGAUUUUUUUGAUAGCGGUCAGCAUGGUCAAUUUUAGGGUGUUCACGAGAGCCAUGUCGACGGUGUCCAAGUCGUUCAGCGCCCACGGCGUUGUCGCCGAUGUCAUCCCGGUGGCUCCAGAGGCUCUUGCUGCCGUGAAAUACCCCAGCGGAGCGGUCGUGAGCGAAGGCAAUGUGCUCACUCCCACUCAGGUUAAGGACAUCCCGCAAAUCAGCUGGAAUGCCAGUCCGGACAAAUACUACACUGUGGCCAUGACUGACCCCGACGCGCCAUCUCGCGCGGAGCCCAAGUUCCGCGAAUGGCACCACUGGCUGGUCGGCAACGUGCCCGGCAAUAAUGUCGCUGCCGGCGAGACGCUGUCCGCGUACGUGGGUUCCGGGCCCCCGCAGGGCACCGGCCUUCACCGCUACGUGUUCCUGGUGUACCAGCAGCCCGGCAAGCUCAACUUCGACGAGCCAAGACUACCUAACACAUCCGGUGACAACCGCGGAGGGUUCUCCAUCCACAAGUUCGCGACUAAGCACGGGCUGGGCGCCCCCGUGGCCGGCAACCUGUACCAGGCCGAGUGGGACGACUACGUGCCCCUCCUCUACAAGCAGCUGGGCGCCUAGGCGCGAGGCUUGGAUCUUAACAUCUAGAGUUACAACUUAUGCUGAACACGUUUUUGGGUAAUGGAUUGUCUUGAACACAGCUUGGACAGAACACGACACAGUUGUAACUCGAAAAUAUAACAAGAUGUUUGAAAGGCGUGUUAUUUACAGUGAAUAUAAUUAAUUUCUAAAUUAUAUUCAUUGUCGCAACCCACAAAUGUCCAUUUGUGGGUUGCGAUAACCUGUCCAAGCUCUGAGACUUCAAAGUAAUCUAUGUUACUAAAUGUUUCUCUGGUUUGAAUUUUGAGCACUACUUACAGAUACGUUUCAAUGUCUAUAGUUUUGAAUUCCGAUUUGGAUAUAGGUAUAUGUAUAUGUUUACUGAAUUUAGAACAAUAGAUAUCCAAUGCCUGAUUUCAAAUGUCUGCAGUGGACAUAAAAUCAACUUAAAUCAUACAUUUGAUUCUUUUUUUGAAUCUUCAUUGGCCCCUAUGGGCAUUUUCAUUUUAACUUGUACUUUAAUGCGCAACUUCAGUUGUUUUUAAUUCACGUCUAACUGUCACUUUCCAGACAAUGUUUUGGUAUUGACCGUAAGUUUUGUAACGAUUGCUGACGAGCUGUUAAUGGGACACAGUUAAGUAAAAACGCCCCUGUGAGACUUAGUUAACCGAGCGAAGCGAGGGCUAUUAUGAUGUAAAGUUGGGCUGUUUUGAACGAUUAUGAUUAUACCAACUUAUUGGCAACUCCAUACCUAUUUGAAUGACGAUUUUUGCACAUAAUUAGUAUUACUAUCCACAAACGUGUUAGCGAGAUAUAAGGCGUAUAGAACUUAAGGCCAAUUUUUAUUACUGCAUUCUUAAGAUUAAAACAAUAAUAGUGUUUAACAUUGAUUUAAUUGGACAGAGCUACCAAAUCAAUAAACAAAAAUUGUAAAUAAUUGGCAUAAUAAUGGCUUUCUAAAGUUAAACUUUAAAAUUAACUAAAGAAUCGUCUGGAACGAAUUCUCCAAAGUAUUUGUUAAGAUCCAAAAUAGUUUUUAAGCAUUUUAAGACAUUUAUUUGCGCAUUUAUUACCAUACCGCGUGUAACUUCCUACUUUUUUAAAACACGAUUCAAUGUUAGUAUUAUCAUUGUGACAUCACAUCACUGUGGAGUAGAUAUGUAAAUCUAUAUUGUUUAUCCUAGAUACAAGUUUUAUAAUCACAGCGUAUGCAUAAUCCUGUUCUGGGGUAAUGGCAAUAAAUAAUUAACACAA